UUGUCAGAUUUUCACAGCUGUUACUCUCUAUGUAGAACAUAGACGAUGGAACCACUGACCGCCCAUACAGUCAUGCUCUGGUUGCUGGAAUUGACCGCUAUCCCCGUAAGGUUACCACGACCAUGGGCAAGAAGAAGAUUGCCAAAAGGUCAAAGAUCAAGGCCUUUGUCAAAGUAUUCAACUACAACCAUCUUAUGCCAACCAGAUACUCUGUAGAUAUCCCUUUGGACAAGACUGUUGUCAACAAAGACAUCUUCAGAGAUCCUGCUCUAAAGCGCAAAGCUAGACGAGAGGCAAAGAUGAAGUUUGAGGAGAGGUACAAGACGGGGAAAAACAAGUGGUUCUUCCAGAAGCUCAGAUUCUAAAGUCGCAUGGUUUCACAAUAAAUGUUUAAAAAACAAACAAAAAA